AUGAGCGAAACUGAUGACAUGUCGUUUGCCUCUUCCUAUGUUCUAGCCUCUAAAGUGAGAUCGAAGCUAACGAAGCAAGCUUCGAGCCCCACAAGUUCACUAAGACAGUUAGUUCUUCAAGCAAAUAUGCUUGAUAACAUAAUGGAUCAUAUUUCUUCCAAGACCGAACAGAUGAGAAACAAAAAGAGCGUCUCUUUUUCCACGCCACAGUUCCACAAUUACAAAAAGCACUCUGCAAUCGAGCAAACCAACGGACCCAACGUUACAGAGUACGAGGUGGACUCAGACUCAGACUCAGACUUUGACUCGGAUUCAGAAUCUGAGGCCGACAACGUUGAGUAUGCUUCCGGCAAUGAUGACGAUGACUACUAUUUUUCGUCGGAUUCAGAUGAAGGAGACGAAGAAAUUGAGAACAUGACCUCUCUUUCCUACGCCCACAAAAACAUAAUGCCUACAAUUGACCUUUCCGACGACAGCCAGCUACUGGUGAUAUACGAGGAACAUGAAGAUGCGUUACCUGAGCUUACACAUCUGGUGUCUUCUUCCGAUUCCGACUCCGAUGAUGAUAUCGAAAUGCCAAGCUACAUCCUUUCGUCAGCACAUGCAAAUAGAUCAACAGAAUCCCUUCUAGGUGCAGAUAUUUCAGUGAAGGACGGAGGCGAUCAUUCUUCACCUAUGCGUCAUCACCACGAGAGGCACAGUGCGAUUUGCUCUAUUGAAGAUGUCUUUUGA